AUGCAGAUGAUGACGAAGCCGGCGUGGAUGAAGAAGGCGAUCUGGUCGGCUGUGAGCACUGGUGAUGAGCGACGGCGGCAGGUCACCGGUGUAGUGACCCUCCUUCACGCCCUCCGCACCACCCUCCCCGCCGUCGGCCUGCAAGUGUGGCGAGGCAGCCUGGUGCUGGCGGAUUACAUCAUGCGCGAGCAGGACGCGGGCCGAUGGCACGACGUGCACGCGCUCGAGCUGGGCGCCGGCGCCGGGUUGGCUGGGCUAAUCAUGGCCCGACACGCGUCGCGCGUGUGGUUCACAGACUACGACGACGAGGUGUUGGCCAACUGCGAGAAGAACGGGCAGCUCAAUCGGCACCUCUUUGCGCACGAGGACGUCGUGCGCGUGCGCAAGCUGGACUGGCUCGCGCCUCCGCCCGCAUGGUUUCGCGCCUCGCCAACCAACGCAGCAGAACCGGCCGUCCGCCCGGCAGCGGACCACAGCGGCGACGAGGCUGCGGGACCUCCCUACGAGUGGACCCAGGCCGACGUGGCCGAAUGCCAGCGCAUAUCUGUGCUUCUCGCCGCCGAUGUGAUCUACGAAGACCACCUCACCACUGCUCUCUUCGGCUUGCUCGAGUACUGCUCUCGUCCCAUCACUGUCGGGGGAGAAAUGCUGCGCGGCGAUCGGGUGCUGGUGCUGUCCAUCGAAAAGCGGAUCAACUUCACCCUUGAGGACCUGGCACCCACGAGCAAGGCCUACGACCAUUUUCGCUCCUUCUUCGUCGACCUGGACGCCGAGCCGUGUUGUUCUUCAUCACCACCAAAGCCACGGCCACGGCCACGGUUGGAGGGACGACGCAUUGAUGUGGCCGAUGUGCCCCAGCGAUUCGACUAUGAGCGCGUUGCUGAGCUUGAGCUAUGGACUCUGCGCCUGGCUCGAAGCUAA